GAUAUCCUGAAGCUGGUUUCGGCAGCCGAAGCCGAAGAUGAGCAGUCCGACGGUACUGAAUCGGAGCCAGAGGGGCCAGAUGGCGGCCUGGAUGCUGAGUCGGAGUCAGCUGGUGCUGAGGUUGCGGAGUUUGGUCAGGCAGCGGUGCCAGGAGAUGACGAAGCAGCAAGCGCUGCAGAUGGGUCUGUAGCAGCAGAUCUGUCUGUGGAUCCCAGUCAGGUAGACACACAGGUCCCGAUGGAUAUCAUGCAGCACGGGGAGGAAAAGGUUUCCCACGCUCCUACCAGCCCAGUCAUGAUGUACGCAAGCAAGAAGAACCGCCCACCAGUGCCAGUUUUUCUUCCACCGAAGCAACCGGCCCCAGCCCUCGCUGAAACUGCCCCUUCCCAAGAAUCGGCCCCAACGGUCGCUGAAGCUGCAGCUGAGCCAGAAGUUCCUGCCACCGAGUCGUCCGCACUGGAAGUGCCGUCGGAAGAAUCGGCCCCAACGGUCGCUGAAGUUGCAGCUGAGCCAGAAGUUCCUGCCGCAGAGUCGUCCCAAGUCGAAGGGCCACCCGAAGAAUCGGCCCCAGUCACUGAAGUUGCAGCUGAGGCAGUUCCUGCCGCAGAGUCGUCCCCAGUACCCAAAGAAUCGGCCCCAACGGUCCCUGAAGUUGCAGCUGAGCCAGAUCCUGCCGCAGAGUCGUCCCCAAUCGAUGUGCCGCCCGAAGUAUCGGCCCCAACCCCCCCUGAGGACCCCGAGGCUGCACAGCUGUCGCCCAAAGUGGAUCGGAGAUUCUCCGUUUCAGAGGAUUCACAGAACCCUUUUCCGACUCCAGAGGAAUCUGAGAAGGUUGAGGAGCCCUUGGUUGCUGACAGACCCCAGUGGGACACGGAUGCAGCCAUGGCGAAGAUCAAGGCCACAGCCAUGAUGUCCAGUGAUGCAGAGUAUGAGGCUUUACCGCAGUUGCAGUCAAAGCUGCGACUCAGCUAUAUGGCUGUUAGUGCAACUUUAAAUCCCGAGGUCAGGAAGCUCGAAGCUGGUACGGCUUUCUUUGAUGUGUGGCGAUAUUUCGAGUCCGAGAAGAAGGUUCUGUUGCAAAAGCAAGCAGCAGCGAUGCUGCCUGCCCGUGAGCAGGAUACCGUGGGGAAUGCAGUGUGA